UUCUCGUUUGCUGGGGGGAGAGGAGGGGCUCGCAGUUUUGCAGGCGCUGGAGCCGCAGCUGGGGCGGGAGCUACCGUCUGAGCUUGAGCUGCCGCCGCUGCUGCAGUCGCCACCCCCAGGAGAAGAAACCGGCCCUUUCGUCACCCUGUGCAGACUCCCCCUCCUAGCCUUCGGGUCGCAGAAUAGCAGCAGGAGUAGUCUCGGACCCUUAGUGCGUGAAGCCACCCUUGCCUGCGGCCAGGGCCCCAGGGGUGGGCAGAGCCGCCGUGCGCUCCGGCUGACAGUGGCUGCGGGAUCGGGGAUCGGCGGGGCCGUCGCGGCUGCAGCACCUGCGGAACGCCGGGGGACUGCGGGGGGCGGUGGGGAGCCGGGCCCGGGCGGGCGGGUGAAGGCGCUGGCUGGCUCCCGCUGGGCCGCCUUGCCUUUGCUGCAGCCGUCGGUGGAAGAUGUCUCAGGAGAGGCCUAAGUUCUACCGGCAGGAGCUGAACAAGACCAUCUGGGAGGUGCCCGAGCGCUACCAGAACCUGUCCCCAGUUGGCUCAGGAGCCUAUGGGUCCGUGUGUGCUGCUUUUGACAAAAAAACAGGAUUACGUGUGGCAGUGAAGAAGUUAUCCAGACCAUUUCAGUCCAUCAUCCAUGCAAAAAGGACUUACAGGGAGUUGCGAUUACUUAAGCAUAUGAAACAUGAAAAUGUGAUUGGCCUCUUAGAUGUUUUCACACCUGCAAAGAGUCUGGAGGAAUUCAAUGAUGUGUAUCUGGUGACACAUCUCAUGGGGGCGGAUCUGAACAAUAUUGUGAAAUGUCAAAAACUCACUGAUGACCAUGUACAAUUCCUUAUCUACCAGAUUCUCCGGGGCUUAAAGUAUAUUCAUUCAGCUGAUAUUAUACACAGAGACCUGAAACCUAGUAACUUAGCUGUGAAUGAAGACUGUGAGCUUAAGAUCCUAGAUUUUGGACUGGCCCGGCACACAGAUGAUGAAAUGACAGGCUAUGUGGCCACUAGGUGGUACAGGGCUCCUGAAAUCAUGCUGAACUGGAUGCAUUACAACCAAACAGUUGAUAUUUGGUCAGUGGGAUGCAUAAUGGCAGAGCUGUUGACUGGACGGACACUGUUUCCGGGUACAGACCAUAUUAACCAGCUUCAGCAGAUCAUGCGCCUGACGGGGACACCCCCUGCCUAUCUCAUUAACAGGAUGCCCAGUCAUGAGGCAAGAAAUUAUAUUCAGUCUUUGACCCAGAUGCCGAAGAUGAACUUUGCAAAUGUAUUUAUUGGUGCCAAUCCAUUGGCUGUCGAUCUGCUGGAGAAGAUGCUUGUAUUGGACUCGGAUAAGAGAAUUACAGCAGCUCAAGCCCUUGCCCAUGGCUACUUUGCUCAGUACCAUGAUCCUGAUGAUGAACCAGUUGCAGACCCCUAUGACCAGUCCUUUGAAAGCAGGGAUCUCCUGAUAGAUGAAUGGAAAAGCCUGACCUAUGAUGAAGUUAUUAGCUUUGUGCCACCGCCACUCGACCAAGAAGAGAUGGAGUCCUGAAAACCUGGCCUCUGUUCUAUUGAUCGCAUGUCACUGUGAGCGAAAGGCCUUUUCAUGGGAACUCUCCAAAAUCAUUCAAGUGCCUCUUGUUGCAAAGAUUCUCCAUGGUGGAAGGGUGUGUGUGUGAAUAUGUGUGUGUGUGUGUGUGUG